AUGCGCAGUAUAAAUAAUGGUCGGGUCUCUUAUCAAUACCCGGAUGGUCGGUUCUCUAUACACAGCGUAAUUUCAAAAUUUCAAAUUUGUUUCUUUUUGCAUGUAUUGAAAAAUACACUGGAAACUAUGAGAAAUACUGAAUCUAAUUUUGACAAUAUUUAUAAAAAAGUUAUUAAAUUAUGUGAAGACAAUCAAAUCGUAAUUCCACCAGUUAAAAAAAGAAAAGUUUCAAGUAAAGUUGAUUGUUUUUCUAGUACCCAAAAUUUCAUGGAUACUAAAGAAGAAGAAAUGAGAAUUACAGUAUAUAAUGUUACAUUGGAUCAAAUGAUUAAUGGUAUUGAUUUGAGAUUUAGUCAGGAAACAUUAAAUAUGAUAAAAAGCAUUGCCAAUGUACUAGAAUUAAAUGUUGACGACAACGAUAUCACCAUUUUAACCAAAACCUUUCAUUUGGAAGCUGAAAUGUUAAAAAGUGAAAUAAGUCUACUUCAACAUACAGAUAAUGUACCCAAAAGUACUAUAAAAAAUUGUGAUACGUGGAUAAAAUGGUUAACAGAGUUUAAUAGUGGAAGGGAAACUAUAUUCAAUAAUAUAUUUAAAAUGUUAAAAAUAUUUAUUACUAUUCCUGUAACUAGUUGUUCUUGUGAAAGGGCGUUCUCAAAAUUAAGCUUAAUAAAAACCAAAUUACGUAGUACAAUGCAUCAGGAUCGACUAGAUGGACUUCUCACCAUGUCAAUUGAACAGAAAUUGGCCUAUAAUCUUAAUAUUGAUGACAUAAUUGAACAAUUUAAAAUAUUAUCUCCUUCUGAGAGAAGAAUGGUACUCUGA